AACAAAUUUUCACCUAAGCCAAAUCGUAGCCUGCUUGUCAUAUGAUUCCGAGACUGAAGGUGGCUUUAAGGUGUUAUUUAAGAUACGCGUAUGUUUUGUGAUGUCUGCACAGGAUUGGUAUGCGCACAAGUCUGUCGGAGACGGACUCUUCUGGGUCCAGGAGCGAUUUUACCAAUCGGGUAACAGAGCUAACAUUUGGGUCAUACGCGGCUCCCAUCAGGACGUGGUGAUAGACACAGGAUUGGGACUGCGGAGCCUUCCGGAGUACAUCAAGGCUAACGGCCUCUUGGGGGACGAUUCGCAGCGCAAAAACCCUGUUUUAGCAAUCGGGACACACGUUCAUUUCGACCAUGCGGGUGGUCUCCAUCAGUUUCAACAGGUGGGCGUUCACAAGACAGAGGUCGAUGCACUUGCUAAUGGAGAUAACUUCGAAACAGUAACCUGGCUGUCUGACAGGGAGGUUGUUGAGACCCCCACGCCCGGAUGGAGAGCCAGGCAAUACAGAGUGAAGGCUGUCCAGCCGACUCACAUAUUACAGGAAGGUGACGUCAUCAACCUGGGCGACCGUCAGCUGAACGUCCUCCACAUGCCGGGCCACUCGCGCGGCAGCAUCUGCCUGCACGACGCCGAGCGCAAGCUGCUGUUCAGCGGCGACGUGGUCUACGACGGCGCCAUGAUCGACUGGCUGCCGCACAGCCACGUGGGCGACUACGUGCGCAGCUGCGAGCGGCUCCUGGCCAUGGCCGAGCUGGACCAGGUGGAGCAGGUGCUGCCCGGCCACUUCAACACCUUCGGGGCCAAGCGGCUCCAGCGGCUGGCCUCGGCCUACGUGUCCGGGGCGGGCGCCUGCCACCGGCUCUCGGCCUGCGCCAUCAGGUCGGUGGCCAGCAUAGCGCUACGCUCCUCCUGCUGCUAGACGAAGGAGA